GACCUGAGUGUUUUGGGAUGCCCUUCCUGGAGGGUGAUCCAGGUCGAGCAGAGAAAGACGGCAGCAGGAAGGCUGCUGAGUCGCCAAUCAGCCGCAAGCUUCCGUCACCACGCAGCUACAAACAGAGGGAGGCCCAGUGUCGCUCUGCGAGUCCCACCAGGAGCUUCUUCCACUGGACUCCGUUCAGUCGGCCUUCCAGCCCACGCUCAGCUCCGGCCCGGACCUCCAGCUCCAAGAUGAGUCCCAUCUUCCCCCACCAGACUGUGACCCCCCAGCAGGACUCACCGCCCAGGUCUCCACGCAGGCUGAGUUUCAGUGGGAUCUUCAGGUCGGCCUCCAGGGAUACAAACCAGCAACCCUCGUCCUCCCCCAUCAGCAUCAAGCUGUUCACCCGCAACAGGAGAGACAAGGCCAGAGGUACAGUGUGUGUGUGGUCAACGCUGCCACCUGCUGAUCGUGUUGUAGAAACACACUUCAGUCAUGGUAUCUCUCCUCUUGAAGAAACUUCCUCUGAGGAUCUGUGUGUGUUAUCACAGCGAGGAAGAGGAUAUCAGGAUAAAAACACUCCGCUGCUGGUGAAAGGGCUAAACGUUGUGUUUAAAAGCCGUGAGCUGUGAUUCAGUGUUUGUCAGUUUGAUCAGAUCUUUUGUUUAAUUUACUUUGCUGAAAUCAAACCCUCCAGUCUGUGUUUCAGACACGAACCAGAUUCAGGCCUCCAGCUGCACUUUAUUCUCUGCUUGGUUUUCAUAACAGUUAAUGUGUCGCACUCUUGCCUCUGUGUUGUCACAUCGUGCUCUGCAGACAUCUUUAAAGGACCAUUAAAGGAUUAAAGCAA